GAAGAACAGGAAGAUGUUGCUCCUGGGCAUUGGGUGAAGAGCUGCCUGUGGAUACAGGAGGCUCCUUCCAUCCCUUCUUUGCCUCUUCCUCAGCACCAGCCUCCAGACAGAAUGCCUUCCCUUGUACUUAACAUGGCUGCAACCAUAUCUACUCAGAAUGUAGGAAAGUUGACCAGAUAGACAUUUGCAACCAUGGAGCUUGCAGGCUCUACCUUGACCGCAACCUAUGCCCAUCCAAGACCAACGCCCUCAAAUUUUCUGCCAGCCAUCAGCACCAUGGCAUCAAGCUACAGGAACAGAUUCCCUCACUAUGCCCUGACCCACAGCUUGAGCCUUCCUUGGAGACCCAGUGCUUAUUACAAAGUUGCUGCCAUCCAUCCAACUUUGGCACCCUUCUCCAAGAGUUCUCAGGGGCUCACUCCAAGCAACAUGCUGCCCUAUGUUUCCAACAGAACAGCACUCUUUACUAGGUACACUCCUAAUGACUGGUAUAGAUCUAAUCUGACAAACUACAAGGAAUCUGAGAUGUCACGGCACAACGCCGAGACAUUGAGAGUGGACACUUCCAGGAUGAUUCAAGACAAGGAUCAGCAGACUAGGAAAACCCAAACAGAAUCAACAAAAGAUCUGGGAGAACGAGUCAAUGACAUAGUAUUUUGGAAAUCUGAGCUCAACCAUGAAAUAGAUGGAAUGAUUGGGGAGACAAAUGCUCUUACAGAUAUGAAGAAACGUCUCGAAAGAGCCCUGGCAGAAACAGAAGGGCCACUCCAGGUAGCCCAGGAAUGCUUGCUUCACCGAGAGAAGAGGAUGGGCAUUGAUCUUGUUCAUGAUGAUGUUGAAAAACAACUAAUGACAGAGGUUGAUGUCAUCCACUCAUGCCAAGAGAGAAUGAGAAGACACCUGGAUAAGGCAAUGGCUCAACUUGCAGCUGAUAGGGCAGCCCAGCAUGAACUGGAGAAAGACAUGAGUGACAAGCAAGCAGCUCACCGAAUCGAUGACAAGUGCCAUCAUCUCAGGAACACAUCUGAUGGCAUUGGCUAUUACCGAGGUGUCGAGCGAGUUGAUGCUUCGAUUUCAGUGCCAGAAUCCUGGGCCAAGUUUACUGAUGAUAACAUUCUACGCUCGCAGAGCGAGCGGGCUGCCUCCGCCAAACUGAGGGAUGAUAUUGAAACGCUGCUCGUGACGACUGCCAAUGAGAUGUGGAACCAAUUUAACAGAGCCAAUGUUGCCUUUACCAAUCGCAUCUCUGAAACUGCUGAUGCCAAAAACAAGAUUCAGGCCCAUCUGGCUAAGACUCUACAAGAAAUCUUUGAGACAGAGAUGACCAUAGAAGCACUUCGGAGGGCCAUCAGGGACAAAGCACCUCCCUUGAAGGUAGCCCAGACACGCCUGGAUGAGCGCACACGUAGACCCAAUGUAGAACUUUGCCGGGACUCUGCCCAGUUACGCCUUGUUAAUGAAGUAUAUGAAAUUGAUGACACAAUCCAGGAUCUUCAGCAGAGGCUGAGAGAUGCAGAAGAUACACUCCAGGCCCUAGUUCACACCAAAGCUAAUUUGGAACAUGACCUCGCUGUCAAAGCAAAUUCACUUUUCAUUGACCAGGAGAAAUGCAUGGGGAUGAGGAAGACCUUCCCCAACACACUGAGGCUGGUGGGAUACACAUAAACCGGUGCUGACCUCAAAGACAUUUGGUGGAGGGUUAGGAUCUAACUAAAUAAUAAAAAGAUGUGUUUAGGGGAGGUUUGCUCUGUUGCACUUUUAUGAGAUGUUGGGGUGGUUUUUUUUGAAGAUAUGGCUGUUCUCAUAUAUUAAAGUAUGCUCUGCACAGGAAUUCAGCUAUGUCCUAUUUGGUGUGUCUAGUGUAUCCUCUGUUUUCUAUAUCAAUGUUCUCUCAUUUAUGGGAUGUACAUACACAUAAAUUUUGCUGUGGGUGGGCUAUGGUGUGGUGCAGCCGAACCCUAUGCAAUGGAAUUUACUCCCUCAUAAGUGAGCAUAGCAUUAUGUCUUAUGUCCUGACCAAAUACAAGGAAAUGUCUGUGCAUAAGGGCAACUGUGUGCAUUUUUUCCCUGAGUUGAAAGCUUGAUCCAGGAACUAAUCAGAUAGUAUAUUCAAUGCAAUUGCCUGUUCAUGGAGCGGACUGAUGAAGGCAGAUUGAAUCAAGACCUUUGUUCCCCUUGCCUCAACCCAUGCAAAUGAAUGGUUCUGAACAUGAUCUGACUCUGUUGUUAUAUGUGUACAGGCCUAGCUCCUGGACCACAUUCUUAGAGUGGGCUCUUAUUUUUGCCAUCUCAGCCUAAAAUUUUAGGUAGCUAAAAUUGCAGUGUUCCUUUACUUUAGUCUAAUGGGAAAAAAUGGCACAAAAGAGUCUGAACAUUUUGGCAAUUAGUGUAAUUAGGUGCUGAUAUUCAUUGCGUAUUUGUAGGCACAUGGAAGGAUAAACAUGAAUUACUUGGCAUCAAAUAAAAAAUAUUCUCAAUAUA